CGGGAUUUGAUGGACUGCCUUUCGGGAUCUUUGCUCGGAACCUAGCUUGGUUCAGUGACUUGAGGCAGUUUUUUUUUUACGUUUUUUGCACCAGGCUUUAUCUGUUGGAUAUUACAUGGUUCCCUGGGAUCUAAUACACUGAUAUCAACAAUCACUUGGAUAUUGCGGAAAUUCCCCUUUGGAGGUCUUACCCAAGUGGAGGUCCAGCAGUGCCACUGGUUUGGCCCUUGAGGGGCUUUAUUCUCUAUAAGAGGAGGGUUUAUCUGGGUGUUUUCUCUGAAGGACAUGGAUGGCCCUCGAUCCAGUGGCCUCCGCAAAAAGAGGAAGUCCAGGUCAGAGAGGGAUCGGGAGCGGAGAUCAAAUGGGAUAAGGAACAACCAUGUCAGGGGCUCCGUCUUCCGCUUCUCCUCAGAUUCAGAGCGGGAGGGGGACAGGGAGCCCUCAUCAUCCCGCCCUCGACCCCCGCGAAGGAAGCGAAAGGAGUCUACUUCGGCUGAGGAGGACAUCAUUGAUGGCUUUUCUAUCACGGGGUUCAUCACGCUGGAGGCGCUGGAGAACGACAUGACACUGAAGCCCCAGGAGCGGAUGGACAACCAGGCGGGGCCCCUGCACAAGAAGAGGCCCUCCAGGGUCCCCAAUGGCCUGAGCCUGGAGCCCUGCAAGAACAAUCACCACCACCAUCAGCCUUCGGACCAGGAGAACAACCCCCGCCUGGUGCACACACGAGGGAAGAGGAAGAAGAAACACCUCCACAAGAAACACACAAUGCUGAAGCCAGGCCAGAACAACUGUAAGGACAGCGACAGCGAGAGUGUGAGCGGAGAGUCCAAGCCGUCCAUCAGGAGCAGCUCCAGAGACAGACUGACGGAUUGCGACAGUGAGAGUGACCAAGAAGACAAGGUCUCCAAUGCUGGCUCAGAGAAAUUUUUCAGCACAGCUGCAGUUAAAGUUCCAGAUUUUGGCAUUGAUGUGCUCUCCACCAAUGGCAGCCAGGAGCCUCACGGCCCAGGCCUCCUCAAGGUGUCAGGCCUAGAGCGCAGUCAGGAGAGGAGCCAGGAGAGCUGCAGGGACUCUCAGCCCCCGGCACCCAGCACCCCAAAGCAACCUCCGCCCUCCCAAAUCCUCCCCUUGCCUUUGCCCCAGCCCCAGCCACAGCCCCAGUCCCAACCCAAGCCGCCCGGCCCCCAGCCCCAGCCCUCGCCCCCUUGUCGUACCCAGACAAACGGCCCCACCCAGGCUCAGGCCUCGACCCACCUGCCCCCACAUUCAGAGGCUCCCUCGACGCCUCAGACACCCGCAGCCCUGCCUCUCGCCCAGGGCCAAGAGCCCUCGCCGGCCCCCCCUCCCCGGCCCCAGCACCAGCCUGAGCCACUGUCCCACCCUCGGCCUCCGCCGACACCCAACCUUCACCCACACCCGCCGUCACCGGCCCUCCCAGCCCACCACCCUCACCAGCAGCACCCCAGCCAGGCAGGGCCCCACCGGCCCCCCUCUCGCUGCCACCCACGGCCCCUCUCUGCCUACAACAGCCUCAACCUCAACGGACACAGCAGCAGUCGAAGCAGCACCCCAGGCACCAAACCCCACGGGCCCUCUGCGCCCUCCCUGCACCUUCCCCACCACCCACCUCCUCCCGUGGCGGCAGCAGCGGCAGCCUCCACCUUCCCCCUGCCCCUGGCAGCCAACCAGAGCGCCCCCCACAGCUUCCCCCCUGCCCUGCAGUCCUCGCCGCACCCACAUCACCCCAAUAUGUUCGCUCCUCCAGCGGCCUUGCCCCCACCGCCACCAUUGACAUCUAGCACCCUGCCUGUCCCUGGACAUCCUGCUGCUGGGAGUGCCUACUCAGAACAAGACCUUUUGCGUCAGGAGCUCAACACCCGUUUCCUGGCCUCCCAGAGCGCCGACCGCGGCGCCUCGCUGGGCCCGCCACCGUACCUGCGCACCGAGUUCCACCAGCACCAGCAUCAGCACCAGCAUCAGCACCAACACACCCACCAGCACACCCACCAGCACACCUUCACGCCCUUCCCCCACGCCAUCAUGCCCACCCCAGCACCGCCCAUGGUGCGUACCCCCGCCAGAAAUUUUGAAAAAUACCCAACAAAAGUUGACCCCUUCUACAGACACAGUCUCUUCCACUCCUACCCGCCGGCCAUGUCUGGCCUCCCCCCUGUCAUCCCCCCGACUGGGCCCUUUGGUUCGCUGCAGGGUGCCUUUCAGCCCAAGACCUCUAAUCCACUGGAUGUGUCCACAAGACCUGGAGCCGUCCCGCACACACUCCUACAGAAGGACCCCAGGCUAACAGAUCCGUUUCGGCCCAUUCUCAGGAAACCGGGGAAGUGGUGUGCCAUGCAUGUCCAUAUCGCCUGGCAGAUAUACCACCACCAACAGAAAGUAAAGCAGCAGAUGCAGGUCGACCCUCACAAGCUGGACUUCGGCCUCAAGCCUGAGUUCCUGAGUCGACCUCCGGGCCCGAGCCUCUUUGGCGCCAUCCAUCACCCCCAUGACUUGGCGCGACCCGCCACACUCUUCUCCGCAGCAGGUCCAACACACCCAUCAGCAGGUCCAUUCGGCCAUCCACCCCACCAUCCUGGAAACUUCCUCGCCCCAGCUUCUCACUUAGAGCCUUUCAGUCGACCUGCAUCAUUUGGAGGACUGGGCUCCCUCAGUUCAUCAGCCUUUGGCGGGCUGGGAAAUCCUGCACUAAAAUCCCUAACAGCGCCCAAUUCAGUCUUUGGCCAUAAAGACAGCUCCAACGCACCGCAGCACUUCAACAACAGCAGCAACAGCAACCAUCAGGAGCCGUGGAACCGUCUGCACCGUACGCCGCCCUCCUUCCCCACACCGCCGCCCUGGCUGAAACCAGGAGACUCUGAGAGGAGCACCUCGGUCAGCUCGCACGAGAGAGACCGGGACUCGGACAAACGAGACUCAUCAGUCAGUAAAGACGACAAGGACAGGGACUCUGUAGAAAAGCGCCAUCCGAGCCAUCCGUCCCCCGUCCCUGUCAAUCCCAUCAGCCUCCUCGGCCACAGCCGGGCCCCUGAGCACCACAGGAACCACCUGCCCCCUGCCUCCGGAGAGCCUCAGAGGGACAAGGACAACAAGGCCAAAGAAAGGGAGAGGGAGCACCCCGACUCCUGGAAGGACAACGGAACAGAUGACCACAAGCUCAAGGACAGCCAACACGGCGACAAAGACACACCCCUUAUCCACGAUGGCCGAGCGUCGGAUGAGAAAGCGUCCAACAGGGGGGCAUCGUCACCUUAUGUCCGUCAAACCAGCCUGGAGCGUCCUAACGGGGGCUUGAGCAGGGAGGUGCUGGAGAAGAAGGGAGAGCUGCCGUACGAGCACCAGAAGAAGAACAGUGAGGUGAAAGUGAAAGAGGAGAGGAAGGAGGAACAGGACGGGGCACCAGACAGAGCGGUUGAGCACCCGACCCAGGCACCUACAACGCCCAACCUCCACCCUCCCUCCUCCAUGCCCGUGCCCAUGGGCAUGGCUGGCGUCCACCCCAUCAACAGCAUCAGCAGCCUGGAGAGAACUCGAGUGGUUGCUCCCUUCAUGGGUAUCAGCCCCAUCCCAGGUGCUGAGAGGUUCCCCUACCCGGCCUUUCACUGGGACCCCAUGAGGGAUCCAUACAGGGGUCUAGACAUCCACAGACGGGACCCUCUGGCCAGGGAUCUGCUGCUGAGGAACGACCCCCUGCACAGGCUGGCAGCACCGCGGCUCUACGAGGCCGAACGCUCCUACAGGGACCGUGAGCCGCAUGACUUUAACCGCGAGCAUGCGCACCCUCUGGCCCUGGAGCAGCGGAGGGAGCAGGAGCGUGCUCAGCUGGAGGAGCGUGAGCGUCUGCACAUGCUCAGAGAGGACUACGAGCACGGGCGGCUGCACCCGACCAUGCACCACCCGGCCCUGGACGGACACCUGCCCCACCCUGCCCCAGGCCUCAUGGCCCCUGGACUACCCAGCAUGCACUACCCAAGGGUCAGCCCCUCAGCAGCUGCAGCAGCUGCAGCUGCCGCCGCUGCCGCCCACCAGAAUGGCAUUCUGAACAAAACGCCACCCACCGCCUCUCUAAGCGCCCCGCCGCCCCUCAUCCCCACGCUGGGCGCUCGGCCCGGCUCGCCCAGACGGACUACUCCCCUGGCCACAGAUAUCAGAGACAGACCAGCCUCGCACACCCACAAAGACAUCGAGGCACGGUGAGCUGAGCCGGAGCCUCACCACACACCAGACUUAGUGCCCCUGCAGCCCUGUGCCUCACUAACACUGAACUCACACCAAGCACUUAGCCUUGGGCAAAGCAAGACUGUAACAUAGCUGUGAAUAACUUAUGUGGGCAGGAACAUGCCCACACAAUGAAUUGUUUUUGUACAAAACUACAAAGAGACAAUAAUCGUGGAACAAAACAAAACAAAAAAAAGAUUUUUCAAAGAUUUUUUUCCAGUUUGCUCCUGCUUUUUGUGUGCAUUCUUUCUCUUGUAUAGUGAAGUGGUAUGGAGUAAGUGGAAGAACGAACAAUUUUGGAAUGUACAGGUACUUUGGCACUGACAGACAGCAAAGUGUGUAGAUAAUAUGUACAGUCGCUGUGCUCACUCCGUAUGGAUAAAAAUCAAGGUACAAAUAUGCAAAAGGGUGUUUUGAAAGCUUUACUUUGAACAAAUGUAAAUAGAGGAGUAUCAGAGGUGAUUCAGAAUGUGCUUUUUGCAGAUUGUUUUUUUUUGUUUGUUUGUUUGUUUGUUUUUUUGGGUUGACACAGCGGAUUAAUAUUGUACCAGAAACCACCAACCCCACCUUCAACUAUGCAACAAAUUUCUGGGCUCCCUUUCUGAAAGCUGGCCUUCUCACCACAACUGACUGUGUACCAACAACGGACAACGCUGUAUUCUCUCCACAACUCAGACUUGGCAAAUAUUUGGUCCACCAUGACUGGUCCAAGCUUUAAUCCACCCAGAUAGCAAUUUGGUUCAAAAGAUAGGAAGUAUUGUAAAACUAUUAGGGGAUUUCUUUCCUAAGUUCGAUUGUGGUGAUGAUCCUUGACAAUGUGAAAGCAAGUGUUGCUUUUCAGAGGAUUUUCAAUGUUUGCAGGCAGCAGCACAAAAUAUCAUUUCCACUGUUAUUUUUAUUAUUGAAUUUUAGCGUCAGUCUUCUUGUAGAGAGAAUGCAGCACAUUAAACAACAUGACAGCACAUUUGCCCUAUUGAAGGAGUGUAAAGUACGUGUUUUGGAAAUAGGUUCUGUUGGUCAAGCAGUGUAUUAAAGUGCUCUCCUAAGUUGUUGUACCUACAAAAUCAAAAGACAAAAAAGCAAGUCUAAACUAUGGACAGUUUGUUUCUAACGAGCAGAGAUCUAUUUUAGUAGUCCACUGAAGGUUUAGUUGUGCGCUUCAAACUCUGUGAGAUCAUGUCGUGCAGUGUUUUUUAAUCCAACAUUAAAAAUGUUCCACCGGAGCCAUAGUGGUUAGUCAAUGCGUAUUGCAAAAAGAUUGUUAAAUGAGAAACUUUUUUUGCUGUUUACCAUGUACGGGGAAAAAAAUGAAGUCUUUCUAGAUCAUGUACAAAAAUGAGAAAAAAUGAAGCGACUGAAUCUUCAGCAUGCUCCUCAUUUAAACUUGUGUUAUGUAAAUUGUGCCAUGUUAUUAAAAAAUGUGUACUAA